UUAUGUUUUGCUUUAAUCCUUUACAUUAUACUUUACAAUUUAUUCUCAGCAUUUUAUUAGCCUAUUUGCCAGAAAUUUUAACUUCAACGACUUAUUUAGAUUCAGUUAAAUUAAUUGCCUGCGAUGGAGAAUUAGCAUCCCUUCAUUGCCCCCCUUACCAUCAAAUAGUCAUCGAAUCAGCCAAUUUUGGCCGUUUUGCUUUAAAAGAAUGUAAUCCAACAAGAAGGCCCGAUUUUAAUAUUUUUUGCAAUAAUCCAGAAGCUAUAGAUGUGCUAAGGGCUAGGUGGGUUUUUAAUUUUUUUUGA